GGUGAUAUGAAUGGUAAUAAUGUAUUGAGGUGUUUGAUCAUUUACGGUGCACAGCAGCAAAAACUUUUCAUCCUUGAUCCACAAUAGUGAAUGUUGUGUACCCAUCAAAGCCAGGAAAGGCGGAUGAGUUACCGACUAGCGGUCGUCUUUGACUCAGCUAGCGGAGUUGGAAGAAUUGAUAUUCACGAUGGAAUCUUCACGAGCGUCUUUGACAAGAGAUUCAGUAAACUUAUUCCGUGUGUCGGAAUCAUAUUUAGAGUCAAGACACCCGGUCAGUGACAUUUCACGAUAGUAGCGCAACCCUUUUUUGGUUCAGCAAGAAAUGUCACGGAUGGCACCCUUAGGAUGUUCAUGCACCAUACACCUUUGACAGAUUUUUGGAUUUUCCUUACAGAUGGACUUUUUCAAUUGAUCUUCAGGUCAUGACGCUCAAACAGUGGCAUACUAAAGAUGCAAUUGAACCCCUUAUGUAUGUUGAUGGAAAAAAAGUAUCAUUCUUCUCGACGCACCAAGCGCCAGGUACGAGACUCGGCUUGCCGAAUACGGGUCGACUUGUCUUCACUUCUUCCUCAGCGAUCUCAAUGUACUUAGAGAACUUUAGCGGCAAAGUUGCUGUUUUGCAAUCUUUCCGAGCACAACAUUUCUGAUGACUAUUACAUCAAGCGCGCUUCCAACUUGCGGAGGAAAAGGGACAAUGCCUCACCGCUGCACACAAAAUUUUCAACGGUACAGGAGUUUUUUCGUUUGUUUGAUCACUGCGAGAUGGUUCGUUACUAUCAGCACGUCUUAAUGCGUCGUUCGCUGGUACAAUCCCGAGUGAUAAACAUCAAAAACACCCGCCUGUGCGGAGAGAGCUUUUGUUAUAGCACACGACAGAAAUAGGUUCUGGAUCGCUGGGCUCCGAUAAUGUACUAGCUUGUGAACCAUUUCCACGAGCGUGAUAAGCAUUUGUUAAACACAAUUACAAAUGCCCCAUCAAAAGUAUUGGGAUGCGACCAAAAAUCGUGUGUUGAUUCGAACAUCGCGAAGACCGGUUAUGAAAGUCGUCAAUUGAGCAGACAUAUAAACCAAGCUUUCGAUGACAAAAUCGUAUUUCAUGUAAGCUGCGCUGAGAAAUCGGACGUUCACUUUGAGGUGCCUCGCAGGUCGACUGUAUCUGGGACCUGAUCAUAAGGGUUGAGAAUUAGUCUUGAUUAGAUACUCGUAGAUAAUUCAUGACUCGCCUCUCAGCAAGUUAGGUAUUAUAUAUAUCACUUGCUUAUCCUCGUCAAAUAUCUAAUGUGUGAAAACUGCUUCAUCAUGCUCACUGGAAACAUAUCAGAGAGUGUCUUCCAUACUUCUCACUGUCGAUUGUCACACGAAAGUGCACCUAAAUCGAGGCGCUCGCGCGCGUGUAUCCGCGAGGUCCGUAAUCAUGAACCCUGGGAGACGCUGCGCAUUCUUUCGCCAUUGCGGAGAAACGCCUUCACCCCAAGACUACAAACCAUACAGGCAUCCAACCUCCGCAAUUUUUCGAUCAGGUGUCAAAAUGCUCCUCAUGGCUAAGCAGGCUCAGGCAAAGGCCAGGUCACUCGUAGUGAUCGUGUAGAUGGACUACAGUGUUUUACAGAUAAUGGGCUGAUUUGCUACGCGUUUCGAAUCCCGAUUGAUUCGAGUUGUUGCUGGUACAUUCAAUUUGUGAUAAAAAUUCUUAAACACCUUGUUUGCUUAAUCCAGAUUAUGGACGAGCAUCGUUUAUCCGUGUCUAGUCUACUGGCAGAAAGUUGAAUGUGCAUCCCGAGGCGUAGAUGGUUAACGCCUUGGUUGUAACUCAAUGACAAGUUGUGCGAUAUUUUCAUACUGGUCAACUAUAAGUUCCACUUAGCGAUAUUUUCAUACUGGUCAACAUAAGUUCCAUUUAGCGUUUGCGCUUCCUGACCUGCAGGCAUCGGAAGCUCAAACUGAAUGAUUACCAGUCGCGAAAUUCGCGUGGUAAUGGCAUCUGCCCAUCACAAUGUUCACGGAUAUGACGUUUUCGUUGCUGAAUACAACGUUAAGAAAUGCGAUACAUAUCGCGCUGUAGGAGAUCGGUCACAAACAGACUCGUUUUCUCAUUUCCAAUGCCGAUGGAAUUCGUUGUGGAUGAACAAAGCAAUCUUCGUGGCUUAGGCCUGGCCACACAAUUUGUGUGGCCAUCCAGGGCACGGGCAAAAGAAGUGUAGAUUUGAGUCAGUGGCAACAAAGAUAGAAACUCGCCUAGUAAAGGUUGUGCUAAAGAAAUGAUUUAAUGAUUCUAUCUUCGACAUUGGUGUGCUCCCAUGUUGCCGCAACAAUUUUUGCCGCUGCUCUCAAAUAAUAAAGGCGAAGUGACAGGCAGGAUAUUUCGCUCAAGCUAAAACACGUCCUUUUUCAUAUUACUAUCAUCUGACGCUUUUUCUGACAUUUUCAUAUUUCCCGGCAGCUUCCAUGGCUUACCUGGAAGAGAUUAUAAAGACAACCGAGCCCCAGUCAUCGCCAUGAUGACGGAAGCUUCGAGACGGCAUACUACCGACGCACCAGCU